CCUUCUCAGGGGCGGAGCGGGCGGGACUCGUGGCGGAGCGUCAUUUCCUGCGGCCGGAAGGUUCCAGAGGUUCCGCGGGGAGCCGCCAUGGCCGUGGCGCGGGAGGAGUUGCAGAAAGAUUUGGAAGAGGUUAAAGAACUGCUCGCGAAUACCACUAGGAAGCGGGUGCGUGAUGUUCUUGUGGCAGAGAAACAAAAGCUGGAGCUGGAAAUCAAGAAUCAGCCUCCACCGAAGCCAAAAGAUGUGGCAGAGGAAGAAAAGUCAUCACUGGGAGGGUACACAGUGAAAAUAAACAAUUACGGUUGGGAUCAAUCAGAUAAGUUUGUUAAGAUCUACAUCUCUUUAAAUGGUGUCCAGAAGCUUCCAGCUGAGAAUGUGCAGGUGAAUUUCACAGAGAGGUCAUUUGAUCUGCUAGUGAAGAAUCUGAAUGGGAAGAACUACACCAUGACCUUCAACAAUCUCCUGAAACCCAUCUCUGUGGAAGGCAGCUCUAGAAAGAUAAAGACAGACAUGGUCCUUGUGAUGUGUAAGAAGAAGCGGGAGGAAAAAUGGGAUUGUCUCACUCAAGUGGAAAAAGAAAGCAAAGAGAAAGAGAAGGCUGCCUAUGACACCGCAGAUCCUAGUGAAGGGCUUAUGAAUAUUCUGAAGAAGAUGUAUGCAGAAGGGGAUGACGAGAUGAAGCGCACCAUCAAUAAGGCCUGGGUUGAAAGCAGGGAAAAGCAGUACAAAGGGGACAUACCAAUGGAUAUCUGAAAGUACUCUAAGGGCAGCCUUAAAACUGAUCUUCCAUGUGAGACACUGUGCUGCAAAGAUCAUCGUUUACGUAACCUUCUUCCAAGCAAAGACAGUCAUUUUCCAUUUCAGGUUGGACAAAAUAUUUAAAUAAAAUAGCUUAUAAAGCAUUUCCUUCAGUCAAGUGGUUCAGCAUUUCCUGAGGAAUGCAGCAUAGGGUAUAUAUCCUUACCCUCAAUGAAAGAGACUCUCAGAUGAGUAGGGAGUGCUGAGACUGAGUAAAAAUGAAGAAAUCAAACUAGGGUGGGUCACGGCCUCUGUUGCCAGUGGCAACUGUAUGUGGUUGCUGGGGCUAGUGUCAUGCUCACUUCACAGGGUGUAGCUUUCUGAUCCAAAAUGGGAAAGUGCUGAACCGUAAAGCAUAUCACAAAGAGAGAACUGCUGAAGAAAGCAGUUUGACAAUUAAGCAGAAACAAUAUGGUAUUAAUCUUGUGGUAUUCAAAUUUAAUGAUUAUUCUCAGAAACUAUUACUAUCUAAUAAUACUAUGAAUUUUGGAAAUUGCUUGUGCCAGCUGUGAGCAUUUUGGGACAUCUUUGAGAUGGCAUUGGUCAGGAUACAGUCUGCAGUCACCAGCAGGAGAGCAGAGUGAGCUCUGAUGCUGGACAGGGGGCCUGCCCUGGCUCCAGCAGUGUAAAGUAGCAAACAAGGGAUAAGCUCCACUUUGUCCCUCAAUUUCAAAAGGGUUUUAAGGUAAGAGAGUAAGUAUAAAAAGAUGGCUUAUAUGGCAAAAUAUGACUCAGCUGGGUUGGAUGAGUUGCUGUCAGUUUGCUAUUUGGCCUUUUUACUGCCACCUCUCAGCCCCACUGAUGGGGGAGGGGGACAGAGACCGACUGCCUCCCCCUUAACUGCUCUGCUUUGAAGAAGAGUACAGGGCAAAUGUGACCUUAGCAGCAAGUCUCUUGUUAACUGUGCCCUUCCUGCCUCCUUCUCUUGUGUCUCCCAAGGACAGAUUUGUUGCUACCUGUGAGUUAAGGAAGCCAUUGUUAAGAGUCUGGACUAGGGCUUCCUUGCUACCUUGUUGAAACACUGGACUGAGCACUGCACUACGAACAGGAGAAAUACCAGCACAGUGUAGUUUCUGACAGGUCCUUUAGCCACUUUUUCUGCUCAUUAAUAUAUGUAUAUAUUUAGUUAGCAUAGCAGGAGUAUCUAAACUUGAGGCCAUGUUUUAUUCCUACUCUGUGCUUGCACUUGUUCACUUUUUCCUGUUGUGCAGUUUUGUUGAUGCUUUCAUCCAAAUUACCAUGAAGAAUUUACCGUAUGGUGGCAAAAAAAAACAAAGCUUAAAUGA